UCGCUGCGCUGCGACAGCUUAUUUGGCAAGUGGCGACAACGCAAACACUUUUCUCCUCGAUUGCUGUUUUGCUUUAUACCUAAUUACGAUUCCGCCCGCGAGUCAGCAAAAUUUCACUUUUAUUUGAUCCAGAUCGAUGAGGGAGCAAGAAAUUUCACCAAUAAAUUACGAAUAGUAGAAAUCGCCGCAUGAACGAUGACGUCCAAACUGGAAAUUAAUGUGCGGAGUUUGAUUGCCCAGUGUGAAGAGAUAGCUACAGUGGAUAAGCUGGAUUGGCGACUGAAGAAGUAUAUUCGGUCUCUGGAUACAAUGAUUUUAGAACUGGGAGAACAAUAUGAACCAGAAAAUAAACUAAUAACUGAAUAUCGUAAUCGAUGUGAUGAGCUUAAAAAAGCUUCCAAAUAUGUGGAACCAUCGCCAAAUCUGGAAAAGAUUCGCUUGAAAUCUAAACUAAAAGCAUCCGGAGAUUCAGGAGAAGACGUUAUCCGAGAGAUUCGCCAGAUCCACGAUCAGAAAUUUCAGAAAGAAUUGCGCAAUGAGUUAUUUAACGGAAACUUUAAUUCUACAAUUCGAAGGCGAGCUGGCCAAAAGGUAGCGGAGAAUCUGGAGCAAACAGUUAAGGAGUAUUCCGAUGUACAGGAACAGAUAGCUGAAAAUAUGUUGCUGCUUACGCGACACUUGAAGGAACAAACAGAAACUGCCAACAAAAUUAUCAAGAAGGACACGGAGAUUGUUAGUAAAUCGACAAAACUAACCGAUCAAAAUAUGUCCUCACUGUCGUCUGAAUCGACGAAACUGCAAGAAAGUUCCAAAAAGGCUUGGAAAUGUUGGAUGUGGCUGAUGAUAGGCCUUGUCAUGAUGAUUUUUAUAUUUAUGGUGCUGUUCAUGAAGAUAAUGAAAAAGAAGACAUACUAAAAAUCACAAUUUUUAAGGAUGCUUCGGAUUGAUUUUUGAGUAUGUGGCUGUUAGGUAUACUAUUUUUCAUUUUAUUACAUAUUCGUUAUUUUAUUUUUAAAUGAAGAAAAAUAAAUUUUACAGUAUUUACGAAA